AUGAGUCACUGUCCGCGAAGCGUUUUGAGUAGGAAGGGGGACGUUGCUGUAGAGAAGACUGAAAACAUGGGAGUUGGCGAUCUUGAAAGAAAUGAAGAGGAGGAAGAGAAGCCGUCUGUUGGGAAUGUGAAACGUAAGGGUUAUUUUCGUCCCCGGAGAAAAUAUUGUAGCGUAAGAAAAGCCCAGAAGGGAGUGUGGGAAGAAAUCUUACAUUGA